GUGAAAUGACUGACACACUAAGGGCCCAGUUCAAGAGGUGGUCAUUGGCCAGGGGCAGAGUGACCUCCCCCCACCUCGCUUGGCUUCAGGUCCACAGGGAGGAGUUAAUGUACGGGCAGCUCAGGCUAUAUCAGGGAGGGUCCUGAGGCAGCCGCUGCAAAGUCCCCGAGUCUGAAGUUGGAGCGGCGAUGGAGACAAGCAGGGCAGAGCUGCGCUCCGAGUCAGAAAGGGUAUGCCACGCACAAGCAGAUCCCUGUCUGCUGCAGGCUCGGGUGCUGACAAAGCUGCUAGAGACCGAGGAGAGGUAUCUGCCAAACAGGGGGGCACUUUCAUCGCUACAGCAGGAGAUUCAGCCUCACAUGAGGAACAGGGUGGCCUGCUGGAUGUUGGAGGUUUGUGAAGAGGAAAGCUGUGAGAAGGAGGUGUUCCCCCUGGCGAUGAGCUACCUUGACCGGUUCUUGUCGGUGGUGUCGCUGGAGAAGUCGAGGCUGCAGUUGCUUGGCUCGGCUUGCCUGCUCCUGGCCUCGAAGCUCAGGGAAUCCCGGCCGCUCUCUGUGAACAGCGUGUGCGCCUACACUGCGCACUGGUCCAGGCCGGAAGAACUGCGGACGAUGGAGCUGCUGCUUUUGAAUAAACUGCGGUGGGAUAUUGCAGCCCCGACCGCCCUGGAGUUUGUGGAACAUUUAAUACGAGCCACAAGCCUGGCAAGGGUCAAAGAACAAGUUGUCCGAAAGCACACAGAUACUUUCAUCGCGCUCUGCGCAACAGAUGGUGAGUUUACCUCGUUCCCACCGUCCAUGAUUGGUGCAGCGAGCCUCGCUGCCGCAGUAACAGGUCUCCAUGCUGGGCAGCAUGGACAUUGGCUCCUGCAUCGGGAACUGACUGACCAGCUCGCACACGCCAUCCGCUGCGAUCCGGAGUGUUUACGAACCUGUCAGGAGCAGCUGGAGGCCGCGCUCCAGGCCCGGCUACAGCCAGCACAUGGCCGCGCCCCGCCUCGUGCCGAUAAAUCCGGGGAGCAGGAACGUUCUCGAACCCCCACCGACAUCCGGGACAUAAGGCUGUGAGGACCGGGACCGGGACUGGGCUCCAAUCCCAGAAGGAGGUCCAAUACCCCCUCACCAGCCCCUCCGUGUCUCCCCGGCUGUGGGCGGGAACAGCUCCGGGGUGUCUUCCUCAUGGAUCUCAGAGAAUUGUCGGGAAACAAGGCUGGUGAGUGACCGGGAAAAUGAGGGGGUUUAGGCCGCGGGUGACAGGAGAAGGUGGCCCUUCAGCCCAUCAAAUCUGCUCCUCAAGUCACUUUGAUCUCGUCAGGUCCAUUUUUCCACCAGGAUUCCAUUCUGCCCCCUGCCAGACUAUCAAGAAAUCUGCUGAUCCUCAAUCUCAAAAGCUCCAGGACACUCCAUCGGCUUCAAAUGAGCACUUGAAUUGCCAGGCAGCAUGCGAGGCUCUGGCGGUGGUGUCCCCACCUCUGAGCCAGGAGACCGGGGUAUAAAUGCCACCUACCCCAGAGGUGUCUGAUAACAUCCCUAAGCAGGUCAACUCAAAAACAUUGACAACGUGAUCGGCCAAGCGCUGGAAAAUGGGAUUGGAAGAGAGAAAUGCUUCGUGACUAGAAUGGACAUGAUGGACCAAAGGGUCUUUUUAUUGCGCCGUUAAGUUCUGUGACUCUAUUCGUCCACUACUGGAGUGGACUCACUGGAAUGGAUGGUCUCCUCCUGUUGCCUGUAACCCCAGUCUCUCUCUCCCUCAUCAAUGCCUUAAAAGUGUAUCCCUUAAUGAUUGACACUCUCGUGGGGAUCAGAGACCAGUGAGACAGGGAGCACAUCCCUUGACAGUGACCAUGGAAACCGUUAAUGGCUCCUUCAGCUAUUUCAUUAUUAUUUAACUAUUUAUUAUCAGCUGUCUUAAUUUAAAGAAUUGUCUGUAUUUAAUGCUUAAUGUCAAACUUAUUCAUUGUUGUAAUAAAGUUCACUGAUCUCAUUGGCCAA